UUCAGCUCGCUUCCGUUGCACCGUUCUGCGCGCGCUGAAGAAGAAAAAGAUGCAUCCACGCGCUCCAAACGACACCAGUUCUCCUCGCGACUGUGGGAUGCCAUCUAUGUUAUGGACGUAAAUAAAAGUAAACAGGGGGAUAAGAAGGCAGCCCGCUCAGUGGUGCCUCAUUCGAGGUGUGGCCUGUGUCCAGAAGCGUUUAAAACUAGGCGGCGUGCGUCACUGAUCUCGAGAAGGUAUUCAGCAGAGAAGUUCGUGAGACCGGCCUGGUCUACCAGGCACGAGCGGUUCAGCACACCGCUCUCGGGAAGCAAGAGCAACAUCCUCCACCUGUCACCCCUGAGUCAAGUGAAGUCAGCAUAAGCUCAGUGCUGAGAUGGGUGCUGUAAAGGGUGAGGGUGCUUUAGAUGGUGGAUGGGGAUGGAUUAUUGUGGUGGCCUCCUUCAUGGCCCAGUUCCUGUCAUCAGGAUCCCCCCAGUCCGUUGGGGUGUUGUACCCAGAGUGGCUCAGUGCCUUCCAGGAAGGAAAAGGCAUGACGGCUUGGGUCGGAUCCAUGGUGUCUGGUAUGGCGCUCAUCACCAGCCCAGUGUGCAGUGUCUGUGUGGAUAAUUUCGGUGCACGGCCCGUCACCGUCUUCAGCGGUGUGAUGGUGGCCGGUGGUCUGAUGCUGAGCGCUUUUGCUCCGAGCGUCUCUUUCCUCAUCUUCUCUUAUGGCAUUGUUGUCGGCAUGGGCUGCGGACUUGUCUAUGCUGCCACACUGACCAUAACCUGCCAGUACUUUGACAAGAGGCGUGGCCUAGCUCUGGGUAUUGUUACCACAGGUACAAGUGCGGGCGGGUUCAUUUACGCCACAGUCCAAAAUGAGCUCAUUGAGUUGUUUGGAUUGGAGGGUUGCCUGCUUAUCAUUGGAGCACUGGCACUCAACCUGAUGGCAUGUGCUGGGCCAAUGCGACCUAUGAACUUACCCGGUUACUACUUAAAACAGAGAGCUGCGCUACAGCAUACAGAGGAACCAGAACCACUCUACACCAAACCUACUGCCAUUAUCAUUGACUCUUUCUUGGAUCUCAAAACCACACCCGGCUCAGCCAAUAACAUAGCCGCCAUGAAGCUGUUGAUCACCAUGGAACCAACAGAGCAGCAAGAAAGUGAAGGGGAAAGAAAUGGCGGGAUAUUGUCCUGUUCAACAGUAGCACGAGCCAUUAAGAAGUGGAUGCGUCCCUAUAGACGGUACCUGUGCAAGACUAUAGAGCUCCUACAGGACCGUGUCUUCAUGGCUUUCUGCAUCGCCAUCUUCUUGUUCAGCUUUGGGGCGUUCCCACCUGUUCUCUUCAUGGAGGACGUAGCUCAAAGCGAGGGGCUUAUUGAUGGGAUUGCACUAAUACCCCUCGUCUCAAUCGUUGCUUUGACAACAGGCAUCGGUAAGCUGGUCUUGGGUGUGCUGGCAGACAUGCAAUGGGUGAACAGCCUGUACCUGUACGCCCUGACGCUGACAGGCACAGGUUUGACUCUGCUGCUCAUCCCAGUUUUUAAGAGCUACCUGGGUCUGCAAGUUCUGUCGGCCAUGGUGGGAUUUUUCUCAGGAAAUUGGUCUAUCACAUCCUACAUCACUACCAAGAUAGUGGGCAUGGAACGACUCAGUCACGCUCAUGGCAUUCUCAUGUGCUUCGGAGGGUUUGGAAUCACACUUGGACCACCUGUUGUAGGUUGGUUCUUCGACUGGACUCAGUCAUAUGACCUGGCGUUCUACUUCAGUGGCACUUGUGUUUUAGUGUCUGGUUUGUUUCUAUUUUUGGCCACCCUGCCUUGCUGGAACAGGACGACGGAGGAGGGAGAUUCUCCCCCGGAAAAGGACGUCAACAUUCUUGAUUGUGACAAAGUAGCCUCUGUGGCUUGAACAACAUUUCCAAGGUCUAAAACUGAACUUCGCCUUAACAUUCUGUUGGACGUAGAAGCUCGUCUUCCUUUUCUUUCCUGGUGAUUAGACUGACAUUUUGCCAGGGGACUUCUCAUGGUGCCUUUUUCUUUGUUUCAAUGUGAUAUAUAUUUUUAUACGUUUUCCACGAACCCUGUUAUUUUUGAGAGGGUGUAUUAAGUUUUAUUAGAUGCUUAUAAAGACUGCCUCGUUUUUGAGGCUUGAAUUAAUAGCAGAAACUGUUUUCUAAUAGUAUAUUUAGUAGAUUGUUUACUGGACACAGAUGCUUUUUUUGUAGACCACUUGUAUUGUUCCUUUACUGUCUGAGAUGAAUGGUCUCACUGUGUUGUACAUGAUAUCACCAACCUGUUAAUAUAUACAAUAGUUUAGGGAACAUUCGUGAUUGAAGGCUGCAGAAUGUGUGAAUAGUGCUUUUCACUGCACUUACUAUGAAAACCAUUGGGAAAAAAACAGAUCCAAAGAUUUCUUUUGUUAUUUCUGGAGUGACAAGGACUUAAAAACAAAGAGAAAAUGCACUUUAAUGCAAUCUUUUAAAUAGUGUCUGCACAUUAUUUUCCUACUUAACCACUUUUUUUUGGUCUCCUGCAUAUCAUCUCCUUUUAAUGUAUGCAAUUCCAAGGUGGCACCAGUUUCAUUAGAGAAAGGCUUUAUUUCGAAAUGUAUUUACUUUAGCCACAUUUGAUUUUAAGACAUACCCUCGGCAAGUUAUGUAUCUCUAUUUGUUAAUCAUUUAGAAAUACAAUAAUAUGCUGAUGAAAAAAAGUCAAAAACCAGAUAAAAACAGAAAGACUGUGUUGGAUUAUUUGACUUCAAGUACUGUUUAUGUGUGCACCUGGUAACAGAGUCAUCCUCCACAUUUGUUCAACAGGCUGGUCCCUGGCAACACUAUAUCUUAUAUUAUUGUAAAUUUGAAAUGCCAGUGUCAUUAUUUUAUAUGUCAGUGAGAUAUAUGCUGUAGAACCAUCAUAUAUUAUGUAUACAUAAUAUUAUUAUUAUUUUAUUUUUUUAAAUAAUGUAAAGAAAAGGCCACCACUUUUGAAUGAAGACUUGCUUUCAAGGAAGUUUUGAAUGACGAUUUGACAAGGUGCAAAAUUAUAAGUCCCCCAUGAUGUACCUGUAUUUUGGUUUUAUUUCAGUGUGUUUGUUUUGUACCGUAACAAUUGUUGAUUUUUAAGUGACAAUAAAAAGAUUUGAUUCAAUUCAA